CACAACCCUAUCUGACAAGUACGGAGAUCAUCCCAGUCCUAGGGAGACAGCAGAACCGUAGUAGAGUGGGAGGCAAGAAGCUGCAUUUUACCGUGAGUGGAUACUGUCAAAAUAUAAUCAAUGAAGGUGCUCACCAGAAUCAAAUAAUCGUCGGCGCAAAUAGUUAUAACAACCAGAGAAAAACAUAGAACAGGAGAAAAGCGUUUUGCAAGGAGUUUUCCCGUUUGUUUCACCACUGACAAAGAAUAGGCUAUUUUGCAAAGAUGGGUAACCGAGGGAUGGAAGAUUUAAUUCCCCUGGUAAAUAAACUCCAGGAUGCCUUUUCUGCAAUCGGACAAAACGCCAAUCUGGAUCUCCCCCAGAUUGCGGUGGUUGGGGGUCAAAGUGCUGGAAAAAGCUCGGUUCUGGAGAACUUCGUUGGGAAGGACUUCCUUCCCCGUGGAUCUGGCAUUGUCACCCGGCGUCCUCUUGUUCUGCAGCUCAUUAACUGUCCAACAGAAUAUGCGGAGUUCCUGCACUGUAAAGGGAAGAAGUUUGUUGAUUUUGAGGAGGUCCGGAUGGAGAUUGAGGCCGAGACUGACCGCAUCACUGGGAGCAACAAAGGGAUCUCCUCCGUCCCCAUCAAUCUGAGGGUCUCCUCCCCCCACGUCCUGAACCUGACCCUAGUGGAUCUACCUGGGAUGACGAAGGUGCCUGUGGGCGACCAGCCGCCCGACAUUGAGCACCAGAUCAGGGAUAUGAUCAUGCAGUUCGUCACCAAGGAAAACUGCCUCUGCCUCGCUGUGUCUCCCGCCAACUCGGAUCUUGCCAACUCCGAUGCUCUCAAGAUUGCCAAAGAAGUUGACCCACAAGGUCAGCGCACCAUCGGUGUCAUCACCAAACUGGAUCUGAUGGACGAGGGCACAGACGCUCGAGACAUCCUGGAGAACAAGCUGCUGCCACUGCGGAGAGGGUACAUCGGCGUGGUGAACCGCAGUCAGAAGGACAUUGAUGGGAAGAAGGAUAUCCAGGCGGCGCUGUCAGCGGAGAGGAAAUUCUUCUUGUCCCAUCCAAGUUAUCGACACAUGGCCGAUCGCAUGGGCACCCCUUAUCUGCAGAAAGUGCUCAACCAGCAACUGACCAAUCACAUUCGGGACACACUGCCCGGGCUGCGCAACAAGCUGCAGAGCCAGCUGCUGUCCAUCGAGAAGGAAGUGGAGGAGUACAAGAACUUCCGCCCAGACGACCCCUCACGCAAGACCAAGGCACUGCUGCAGAUGGUGCAGCAGUUUGCGGUGGAUUUUGAGAAGAGAAUUGAGGGAUCAGGAGAUCAGAUCGACACCUAUGAGCUUUCAGGGGGAGCCCGGAUCAACCGUAUCUUCCAUGAACGAUUCCCCUUUGAGCUGGUCAAGAUGGAGUUUAAUGAGAAGGAGCUGCGCAAGGAGAUCAGCUACGCCAUUAAGAACAUCCACGGUAUCAGAACUGGUCUCUUCACUCCGGGCAUGGCCUUUGAGACCAUUGUGAAAAAACAGAUUACGAAGAUAAAAGAGCCUUGCCAGAAAUGUGUGGACAUGGUCAUUUCUGAGCUAGUCGAUACCGUUAGGCAGUGUACCAAGAAGCUGGGACAGUACCCCCUCCUUCGAGAAGAGAUGGAGCGCAUUGUCACCACGCACAUCCGAGACCGCGAGAGCAGAACCAAGAACCAGGUGAUGUUGCUGAUAGAUAUUGAACUGGCUUACAUGAACACAAACCAUGAGGAUUUUAUUGGAUUUGCCAAUGCCCAACAGAGGAGCAGCCAGAUGAGCAAGAAGAAAGCCGCCGGCAAUCAGGAUGAGAUCAUGGUGAUCAGGAAAGGCUGGCUUACCAUCAACAACAUUGGCAUCAUGAAGGGAGGUGCCAAGGAGUACUGGUUUGUGCUGACGGCCGAGACUCUAUCCUGGUACAAGGAUGAUGAGGAGAAAGAGAAGAAGUACAUGCUCCCUGUGGAUAACCUGAAGCUGAGAGAUGUUGAGAAGGGAUUCAUGUCCAGCAAGCACAUCUUUGCUCUCUUCAACACGGAGCAGAGGAACGUGUACAAGGACUACCGGCAGCUGGAGCUGGCUUGUGAGACGCAGGAGGACAUUGAAAGCUGGAAGGCCUCGUUCCUUCGUGCCGGGGUCUAUCCGGAGCGCAUCACGGAUAAGGAUAAACAAAGCGAGUCGGAAGAGAACGACUCAGACAACUUUAUGCACUCCAUGGACCCCCAGCUGGAACGCCAGGUCGAGACCAUCCGCAACCUGGUGGACUCCUACAUGGGCAUUGUGAACAAGACUGUGCGGGACCUCAUGCCCAAGACCAUCAUGCACCUCAUGAUCAACAGUACCAAGGAGUUUAUCCACGCUGAGCUGCUGGCGUCCCUGUAUUCCUGCGGAGACCAGAACACUCUGAUGGAGGAGUCAGCCGAGCAGGCCCAGCACCGUGACGAGAUGCUGCGCAUGUACCACGCUCUGCGGGAGGCACUGAGCAUCAUUGGGGAUAUCAACACCACCACCACCAGCACCCCCACACCCCCGCCCGUUGACGACUCCUGGCUGCAGGUGCAGUCGCAGCAGUCUGGCAGGAGGUCUCCCACCUCCAGCCCCACUCCACAGAGGAGAGCCCCAGCGGUGCCCCCUGCCCGGGCUGGCUCCAGAGGCCCUGCCCCCGGACCACCCCCUGCGGGGGCUCCACCUGUCCCCUCCCGCCCCGGAGCAUCCCCUGACCCCUUUGGUGGUGCCCCUCCUCAAGUCCCCUCACGACCCAACCGCGCUCCCCCUGGCGUCCCCAGAAUUACUGUCAGUGACCCAUGAGGACUAACGCUAAUGCCGACCAAGCAAGGGCAGCUCAUCCCGUCCAGAGAGCCCCCUGCCUCCACUCGAGUCUUAAUGCAGCUCCGCCCCCCCGCCCUCUCUCUCUCUCUCUCUCUCCAUGCAAAAAGGGGGGCGGCAUCACCAACUACCAGCCUAGCGGAGUGCUUUCAAACCAGCGCACCCUGCGACCUAUCCUGUGUCCUUUUCAGUGAUGUACCAGCCCUCGACACAUUUCUAAAUAAAAUGUGGUUAAAAAUAAAACAUGCUGAAGUUUCAAGCUGGACACCACUGACAAGGGAGCGAUUUCUUUCACCACACGGGAAAUGUCACUUUGGACGGCAGGACUGUGUUAUUUGUGUGGGUGCUGGGAUCUGUUUUGUGGAAGUGUUGUACAUUUAUAACAGAUUGUGUAACCUUAUCAUAUUGUCUCAAUAGUGUAUCAUUGCCGUUGCACAGAGACCCCACAGGUCAAUCUUAAAACUGCUUUAACCCUAUGUGUGUCGUCCAGACCAGCCUAUCAACAAAUCAGUUGCAUUCUUCCUGUUAGGAGAAUGGUAUGGCUGAAUGAAUUACCAGAUUUAAGUAAAAUGCACAAUGUCUUUCUAGGUCAUCAAAUUAAACGGCCAAUGUGCUGGAUGCAAUCUAACAAAGGGUUAAGGUGAUGAUGUUGUUGGCUUGGGCAAUACUAACUGUACAAAGCUUUUUAUUCUGCUGCUUUCAAAUGUCUGCAUGGCUGUCAAAUGCUUGGGGACCAUUUUAAUCUCCCAGUGCGAUGUUUUCUGAAAACCGUAUGGUUCCAUGUUUACAGUGGCAGAGAUUUAAAGAUUCAUUAUGUAAAAGUCAAGAAACUUUUGAUACACUUUCCUUUAGCAACCUUAGUUAAAAUAAAAAUGAAAUCUAAUGAUAUCUGUCAUAUGUGGAUUUGAUUUUAAAACAAACUACAGUACUAUCAUUACAAGAAGGUACAUCACAAGAAGGUAAUACUAAGUUUUACUGAAGAAAGAAGCCACAACGAUUGGUAAUGUUAAUGGUUUUAAAGGGUUUUGCACCGACGUACCUUAGUCUGACCUAUCUUAAGUGAGUACAAACAGGAGCAUGGACGACCCAGUGGGAAUCAAAUCCUAAAUCACACUGGAAUAUCAAGAGCCGAGAACACCUUUACCAAUGCCUCAAAUAUCUGCAAACAUAGAAUACCUUGCCUUAUAUAAAGCAUUGGGUCCUCAUUAAAAAAAAAAAAUAAAUAAAUAACACUCUGCCUUCUCGUAAAGUGUCAUGAACUAUGUGAAAUACUGUUAACAAACAAGGACUCAAAUUAUCACUGCAGAGUCUCACAUGUUUGAAUGUUUAAAUGACCACUACUGGAGUUUUGACUUGGCCUCUAAAGUUUCUAGCACUUCAAUACUGGGUGGUGAUGAUAGGGAGGGUGUCUAUCCAACACUGAGCUGAACAAACCAGCAUGUCUUGUUAACUGUUGUACCCUAUUCCCCUUCCAAACUUAGAAACAACAUGAACGUAGUUUAACAAGGACACAUCUUAAUUGUGCUGUGUAUCUUCGUGGUGCAUUUACUGGCAUUGUGCUUCCAUUGUUUAGUAAGAUACAAGAAUAAUGAUGAUAAUUAAGUGAUUAUGUUGAAUUAAAUAAAA